GAUGGCUUCGCCAGGGUCCGAGAGCGGAUUUCUCAGCAUGAACGCAGCGUCUUCAAGUGCACGAAAGGCACGGAGUACUUCCACAGACACGAAGAGUACUUCCACAGACACGAAGAGAUGAUCUGGGCACCCACGGGGUUCUUGUGCCACAAGCUCAGGAAGAAGAAGCAGCUUGUGGAUACCAUCGGCUCCUUUCUAGGCAAGUAA